AUGGAGUCCGUGGCCCUGUACAGCUUCCAGCCAACAGCAAAGGAUGAGUUGCCCUUUAAGAAAGGAGACACUCUGAAGAUCCUCAACAUGGAAGAUGAUCAGAACUGGUACAAGGCUGAGCUGUACGGCUGCGAGGGCUUCGUGCCCAGAAACUACAUCAAGGUCAAGCCCCACCCGUGGUAUGUGGGCAGGACCUCCAGGCAGCUGGCAGAGGAGCAGCUCCUCCAGCACAGGCACCCAGGAGCCUUCCUGGUCCGUGACAGCGAGAGCAGCCCGGGCCAGUUCUCCAUCUCUGUCAGCUACGGGCAGCACAUCCAGCACUUCAGGGUGUUCAGGGAGAGGAACGGCAAAUACUUCCUCUGGGAGGAAAAGUUCAACUCUCUCAACGAGCUGGUGGACUUCUACAGGACAACCACCAUCUCCAAAAAGCAGCAGAUCUUCCUCCAGGAUGGGGACCAGAGCCAGGAGGUACCAUCAGGGGAUGGGGCCCUGGGGUUGGUGAGGAGACCCAGAUUCGUGCAAGCCCAGUUUGACUUCUCAGGCCAAGAUGGGUCCCAGCUGCCCUUCCUCCGUGGGGACAUCAUCCAGGUCCUGGCCUGCCCUGACCCCAGCUGGUGGCAGGGGAAGGUCUAUGGCCGCGUUGGGCUCUUCCCCCGCGCCUACGUCCACCCCCUCCGCAAGUGA